AUGCAGACGAAAACCAGCGACGAUUACGAGAACGAGAAUGAAAAUGAGUACGAGUACGAGUACGAAGACGAAAACGAGAACGAGAACGAAGACGAGGACCAGCGAGAACGAACGACGAGAACGGUGACGAGAACGAAAACGAAAACGAGAACGAAGACGAGGACGAGCGAGAACGAACGACGAGAACGGGGACGAAAACAAACGAUGAAAAUUAACAACGAGUACGAAACGAACGACGAGUACGAGAUCGAAAACGAAAACGAGAACGAGAACGAAGACGAGGACGAGCGAGAACGAACGACGAGAACGGGGACGAGAAUAAACGAUGAAAAUGAACAACGAGUACGAACGAGGACGAGUACGACGACGAGAACGAAGAACAAAGACGAGUACGAGGUCGAAGACGAGGACGAGCAUGAAGACGAGUACCACGACGAGAACGAAGAACAAAGACGAUACGAGUACGACGACGACGAGGACGAGUACGGCGACGAGAUCGAGAACAAAGACGAGUACGAGGACGAAAACGUGAAUGAGAACGAAGACGAGGACGAGGACGAGAAUGAGGAGAAAAACAAUAUGCGAAUAUUCCUUUUAUUAUUUAUUUAUUGA